AUUUUCUCUGGCUUUGAACAGCCAUGCUACUCUGUUGCCAAAAAUCAAGUAAAGCGAAUGUGCGCAUUUAUUUUCCUGUUGAAUUUGAAGAAGGUGAUAGCUUCAUAUAGUCUCUGAAGUUUCUAAAUGGUUUUAGCAGUGGAAGUUACAAACUUCAGAGACCUAAAGAAAUCAUCAUGAAGCUAUAUGUAUUUCUGGUCAACACUGGAACUACCCUUACCUUUGACACAGAACUUGCUGUACAAAAUGUGGCUGAUCUGAAACAUGCAAUUCAAACAAAGUAUAAGAUUGCCAUUCAGCACCAAGUCCUGGUUGUCAAUGGAGGAGAGUGUAUGGCACCAGACAGAAGAGUGUGUAGUUACAGUGCUGGAACAGACACAAAUCCAAUUUUUUUAUUCAACAAAGAAAUGAUCUUGUGUGAACGUCCACCAGCUAUCCCCAAAACCACGUUUUCAGCGGAGAAUGAGAUGGAAUUGAAAGUAGAAGAAUCUCUCAUGAUGCCUGCAGUGUUUCAUACAGUAGCAUCACGGACACAGCUUGCUGUGGAAAUGUAUGAGGUUGCCAAGAAGCUUUGCUCCUUUUGUGAAGGUCUUGUACAUGAUGAGCAUCUUCAGCAUCAAGGCUGGGCUGCCAUAAUGGCCAACUUGGAAGAUUGUACAUACUCUUACCAAAAGCUACUUUUCAAGUUUGAAAAUGUAUAUUCAAGCUAUUUGCAGUCCAUAGAUGAAAUCAAGUUGAAACUUACCCACUUGGGUUCUGCUGUUUCUGUCAUGGCCAAGAUACCACUGCUGGAGUGCCUAACAAGACAUAGUUACAGAGAGUGUUUAGGAAGACUGGAUUCUUCACCUGAGCAUGGAGGGGCAGAAAGUGAAGAAACUGAGGAUGGGAAAUCUGCUGAAUUGGUGCUUCAUUCUGAUGUAUCUAAAGUGAACAAUAAAUCAAUGUUAGCCUCAUUUUGCAAGUCAGUUGAACAUUCAGCUUUGGAAGGCACAGAUCCUGAAAACGUAAAAGGUAAAGAGUCUGGUCAAAAUGCUACUGUCCAGGAUGAUGAAACGUCAGUAGAACUGAAAGAUGAUGAGCAGCCUUCCUUCAAUGUGUCUUUGUUAGACUGGAUAAAUGUUCAAGAUAGACCUAACGAUGUUGAGUCGCUGGUCAGAAAAUGUUUUGAUUCCAUGAGCAGG